AUUUUAUUUACCUUAUAUAUGCUUCCCUUGGGGAAUAUUAUCAGAAAACACUCAGUAAACUUUCAUUGUUAUGCAGAUGAUACCCAGUUAUAUCUAUCAAUUAAGCCAGACGAAACUAACCAGUUCUCUAAACUUCAAGCAUGUCUUACGGACAUAAAAACCUGGAUGACCUGUAACUUUUUAAUGUUAAACUCUGAAAAAACAGAAGUUAUCCUACUAGGCCCAGAUCACCUUCGAAUUCAAUUAUCUAACGAUAUAGUUUCUCUAGAUGGCAUUGCUCUAGCAUCCAGCACUACCGUUAGGAACCUUGGAGUUAUCUUUGACCAGGAUCUGUCUUUUAACUCUUAUAUAAAACAGAUCUCAAGGACAGCCUUUUUUCAUUUACGUAACAUUGCGAAAAUCAGGCAAAUCCUGUCUCAAAGCGAUGCAGAAAAACUAGUUCAUGCAUUUGUUACCUCUAGACUAGAUUACUGUAACUCCUUAUUAUCAGGCUGCUCUAAUAGGUCUCUUAGAUCUUUACAGUUGAUCCAGAAUGCUGCAGCACGUGUUCUAACAAAAACUAAGAAAAGAGAUCAUAUUACUCCAGUAUUAGCUUCUCUGCACUGGCUCCCUGUUAAAUCAAGAAUAGAAUUUAAAAUUCUUUUACUUACCUACAAAGCUCUUACUGGUCAGGCACCGUCUUAUCUUAAGGAACUUAUAGUUCCAUAUUACCCAACUAGAGAGCUGCGCUCAAUCAAUGCAGGGUUACUUGUGGUUCCUAGAGUAUAUACAAGUAGGAUGGGAGCCAGAGCCUUCAGUUAUCAGGCUCCUCUUCUGUGGAACCAGGUUCCAGUUUCAGUCCGGGGGGCAGACACACUCACCACUUUCAAGAGCAGGCUUAAGACCUUCCUUUUUGAUAGCGCUUAUAGUUAG